UCUCUCUGUCUCUGACGUUUGUCCCCCAUCGUCUCUCUGUCUCUCUUCCAGGUGCAGCUACAGGUGCACCCCAACCUGUCAGCCAAGGAGGGCGCUCUGCAGCACAUCGAAGAGCUGAUCCUGCAGCUGCUCAACAUGCUGUGUGUGGCCCAGCCGCGCUCUGUACAGGACGUGGAGGAGCGUGUCCAGAAGACCUUCCCCCACCCCAUAGAUAAAUGGGCCAUAGCUGACGCCCAGUCGGCCAUCGAGAAGAGGAAGAGGAGGAACCCCCUACUGCUCCCUGUGGAUAAGAUACACCCUCUACUCAAGGAGGUGCUGGGUUAUAAGAUAGACUACCACGUCUGCCUGUACAUCGUGGCGGUUCUAGAGUACAUAUCAGCUGACAUCCUGAAGCUAGCAGGAAACUACGUUGGUAACAUCAGACACUAUGAGAUCAGCCAGCAAGACAUCAAGGUGUCCAUGUGUGCAGACAAGGUCCUAAUGGACAUGUUUGACCAGGACGAGGACAUCGGUCUGGUGUCUCAGUGUACGGAGGAGCCUUCGUCGUCCGGAGAGCUGACCUACGACGACCUGGUGCGCCUGGAGAUUGCAGAGGAGCGCCAGUAUCUGCGGGAGCUCGACCUCAUCAUCAAGGUGUUCCGACAUCACUUCCUGUUCAACAACAAGAUCUUUACGCCUCAGGAUGUGGAGGUGAUUUUCAGUAACAUCUUGGACAUCCAUGAGUUGACGGUCAAGCUGCUGGGCCUGAUCGAAGAUGCAGUGGAGAUGACCGCUGAUGGUAGUCCACAUCCUCUGGUCGGCAGCUGCUUCGAGGACCUGGCAGAGGAGCAGGCGUUUGACCCAUACGAGACCCUGUCUCAGGACAUCCUGUCCAGGCAGUUCCGCGAGCACUUCAGCAGCCUGAUGGCCCGGCCAACUGUAGGACUAUACUUCCAGUCCAUAGCUGAAGGUUUCAAGGAGGCGGUUCAGUACGUCCUGCCACAGCUCAUGAUGGUUCCUGUAUACCACUGUUUGCACUACUUUGAACUACUGCAACAGCUGCAGGAGCACAGUGAGGAGCAGGACGACAGGGAGUGUCUGAAGCAGGCCAUCACCGCUCUGCUCAACCUCCAGUGUAGCGUGGAACGCAUCUACACCAAACACCUGCCCCGACGCAAGCCUGGCGAGCCCAUGUACCGUCUAUACAGCCGCCAGGUGCGCAGCAAGCAGCUGGCCAUCAAGAGGAUGAACGAGAUCCAGAAGAGCAUCGACGGCUGGGAGGGGAAGGACAUCGGCCAGUGCUGUUCCGAGUUCAUCCUGGAGGGGGUGCUCCUCCGCGCCGGCGCCAAACACGAGCGACACAACUUCCUGUUCGACGGCCUCAUGAUCAGCUGCAAGGCCAAUCAGAGCUCCCGACUCCCCGGUUCUGGAAGCGGGGCCGAGUUCCGUCUCAAGGAGAAGUUCGUCCUGCGGAAAGUCCGCAUCGUGGACCGCGAGGACUCGGCGGAGUACAAACACGCCUUCGAACUCGUCGGUAAAGACGAGAACUGUGUGGUGUUCUGCGCCCGCUCGGCGGAGGAGAAAGGGUCUUGGAUGGCGGCGCUGGUCACCCUGCAGUACCGCUCCACACUGGAUCGUAUGUUGGACACGGUUCUGCAGCACGAGGAGCAGGCCCAGCCCCUCCGCCUGCCCUCGCCAGAGCUAUACCGCUUCGCUGUGCACGACUCAGAGGAGAACAUCGUGUUUGAAGAUCGCGUUCAGAGCAAGACGGGGAUACCCAUUAUUAAAGCAGGCACGGUGGUCAAGCUUAUAGAGAGGCUCACCUACCACAUGUAUGCUGAUCCAAACUUUGUGCGCACUUUUUUGACCACCUACCGGUCCUUCUGCAAGCCCCACGAGCUCCUUGGCCUCCUGAUAGACAGGAUUGAGAUCCCAGAGCCGGAGCCCACCGAGGCAGACAAGCAGGCGCUAUGGAACGGAGAUCAGCCAAUGGCUGCAGAGCUACAGAGGUUCCGGAGGGAGUACGUCCAACCCGUCCAACUCCGGGUCCUGAAUGUUUUCCGUCAGUGGGUGGAACAUCAUUUCUAUGACUUUGAGAACGACCCUGAGCUACGAGGCAGACUGGAGGAGUACAUCAGCAGCAUUAUACAGCUACGAGGCAAGUCGAUGAGGAAGUGGGUGGAGUCCAUCAACAAGAUCAUCAAGAGGAAGAUGCAGACUCAGUCCAACGGGGUCAGUCACAACAUCACCUUCGAGAGCCCCCCGCCCAUCGAGUGGCACAUCAGCCGCCUGGGUCAGAUGGACACCUUUGACCUCAUGACCCUUCACCCCAUAGAGAUCGCCCGCCAGCUCACCCUGUUGGAGUCAGAGCUAUACAGGGCUGUGAGGCCAUCUGAGCUGGUGGGGAGUGUCUGGACCAAAGAGGACAAGGAGAAUAACUCUCCCAACCUACUGAGAAUGAUCCGCCACACCACCAACCUCACACUGUGGUUUGAGAAGUGUAUUGUGGAAGCAGAGAACCUGGAUGAGAGGGUAGCAGUGUUCACCCGGGUCAUUGAGAUCCUCCAGGUGUUUCAGGAGCUCAACAAUUUCAACGGCGUUCUGGAGGUGGUCUCCGCCAUCAACUCUGUCCCUGUCUACCGGCUCGAUCACACCUUUGAGGCGGUCCCCGAGAGGAAGAAGAGGAUCCUCGAGGAAGCAGUGGAACUGAGCCAGGACCAUUUCAAGAAGUACCUGGCCAAGCUGAAGUCCAUUAACCCUCCCUGCGUGCCUUUCUUUGGUAUCUACCUGACCAACAUCCUGAAGACAGAGGAGGGGAACCCCGACUUCCUGAAGAGACACGGCAAAGAGCUGAUCAACUUCAGUAAGAGGAGGAAAGUAGCAGAAAUCACAGGAGAGAUCCAGCAGUAUCAGAACCAGCCGUACUGUCUCAAGGUCCAGCAGGACAUCAAGAGGUUUUUUGAGAACCUGAACCCGAUGGGCAGUCUGGGUGAGAAGGAGUUCUCUGACUAUCUGUUCAACAAGUCUCAGGAGAUUGAGCCUCGCAACUGCAAGCAGCCGCCACGAUUCCCCAGGAAGACCAUGUACCCCCUGAAGUCCCCGGGGAUCCGGCCGGUGCGCACCUCUACAUCAGGGACCCUGAAGGGCCACCCCGUACCCCUGGAGAGAGAGCCCCCGCACAAGAUCACCUUCAGGAGCAUCGCUGAGACAGAGCAUGAGACCUCUUCCGUAGCCUCGGUCCCCACCUCACCCAACACCCCCACCCCCCCGCAGUCUGCCACCUCAGACCUCAUCUCUGUCUUCAUGGAGCAAGACCUCUGCAACUCCUACGGUGGAAACUCCAUAUUCGCUAAUGUACUCCUCCCACCCUCAAAGGUCCAGUCAGUAUCGUGUGGAAGCCUUCACCAGCUAGGAGAGGACUUACUCAAACCCCCUCCACUUCCCCCGCGGAGGAAGGAUGCUUACUCUGAGACCAAGUUGAGUUCCAGGUCUGACAGUCCUCCAGCCAUCCCGCCCAGACUGCCCCCUCCUCUCCCCAGGAUCCAGCCCCGCGCCCCGAUCUACAAUAGCCCCAGCGACGGCCCCCUCUCCAGCCCCCCACCACCACCUCCCCGGGACCCCCAGCCAGACACCCCUCCACCCGUCCCCCAGAGACCCCCAGAGAUCUUCAUCAACUACCCCCUGAACCUUCAACCCUCCCCUGUCGGACGCUUCCACUGGGACUUUGGCAGCUCCCCUUCAUCCCCCGGCACACCCCCGGGCACCCCUCUCCCGCGUCCCCGACGGAGCUGCCCCCUCAGCGCUAGUCAGAACAGUCUCUGCCCUCUCCCGCUGCCCAUCAUGGCGCCCCCUGUGCCCCCUCGCCACAACUCCAACUCCUCCCCCCAGCUCCCCAAACUCCCCCCAAAGACCUACAAGAGGGAGCUGUUGCCGCCCCCGUUACAGAGCCUCUCAUUGGUGGAGAACACGGACACUAGCCAAUGAGGAGCCUUCUGCUUCUUUUGUUGUUAUUGUUUUUGUUGUCAACAUGGAAGCCUUUGAGUUGCUCCACACAAAACAAACUGCAAACAAACUAUGUCCUACAUUAAACUAUGAACUAUGACCUGCAUCAGACUAUGAACUAUGACCUGAUGACCUAGAGCGGAUGAAAACAAACUAAUCAUGAUUUUAAAGCUACUGAUCGUAAAGAAGACUUAGUUUUCAACCACACUCCAAACCACGCCCACUCAUCUCCUGCCACGCCUCUCAGGAAUCAGUAGCUCCGCCUUCAUGCCAAUUGAAAAUACACCACAGUGUGCCAGCCAAUGAACAAGUAGCCUCAAGACACUGAUUCAAACUCCUCCUCUCUGUGGGUGUGUGUGUGUACGUGGAUGUGUGGGUGUGUGUGUGUGUGUGGAUGUGUGUGUGUGUGUGUGUGUGUGUGUGUGUGUGCGUGUCACAUACCUGUACACAGCACAGCACAUGUCACUGCGUUUCUUUCUUGGUACGGACGUCCCACUCUGUGCUAGAGUGGACAGGACAGCAAGCUAUGCUCUGGCAGUUGCCCUUCUCCUUCCCUGACAGUUUAAAAAAAAAAAACAUUUACCCCGGGUUCUCCAGCCUGUCCUGGUUCAGUUCGGUAGCCCCGUGUUCUGUAUUUGUGGUUCCGCUGUUCCAUUGGCACACUGUAGUGCUAGGAGCAGCAUUCACUCACUUUCCCAGGAGUCAGUCUUUCCCUGUGGCUCGCAGACUGACAGUCACUGGACCUAUUCGGACUUCACUGCUCUUUAAUGAUCAAACUUAUCAAUUGCUCUUCCCGCGGUUCUGUACCGCGGUUCUGUCUGGGGCGAGCAUGAGCAGAGUGUUUUCAGAAUCCUCUGAGGCCUCUCAACUCUUCCCAUUUGUGUUCUGUUGUUCUCUAAUAAUCUCUAACUUUGUAGCCAAAGUUUCAUUUGAUGCAGAGGGAGAAAACUUAAGGGAUACAUUUUAUUUUUGAGGAAUGAUAAGACAAACUAAAAAAAAAUGGGAUGCAAAUUCAGAACUGACUGACUGAAAGCGUUUAGCAAAACAAAAGAAAAAAGGUUUUUUUUGCUACGGUGUGCGACUAUUGAAUAAACAUCCCCCCCCUUGGUCGUAGCUCCACCCUCUACUUCAGAUGUUAGCCUUUAAUCCCACAGCACUGACCUCUAACCUGAGGCAGGGAGCCAUUCAGAAUGAGGGAGAGAGACCGACGGAUGGACAUAUCGGAUGACAGAUUGACGGAGAGGGUAGUGUAGGGUGGGAUCCACUUUUAGCUGGGGCAGGGCAGCAGUGACGUCGACUCGUCUCCCCUCGUCAGUCAUGUGAUGGAGAAGUCUGUUUGUGUCUGGACUAUAGAAAACGAUAGAGGCCUCUAGUGGCCAAAAGGCUAUAUUAGCAUGGGCAGCACCAUUGAGGGCUUCCACCGUGCUUCCGUCAUUUUAAAGUAGUCAAGGUGGACAACUGAGUGGGGAUUCCUGUGAGUUGUUGCCCAUGCUGUCACAGAUGCUAUAAUGGCACUGAUAUAAAUGAGUCCUCUAUCUAUCUCUAUGGAGCUGUCACAGAUGCUAUAAUGGCACUGAUAUAAAUGAGUCCUCUAUCGAUCUCUAUGGUGCUGUCACAGAUGCUAUAAUGGCACUGAUAUAAAUGAGUCCUCUAUCGAUCUCUAUGGAGCUGCCCAUGCUGUCACAGAUGCUAUAAUGGCACUGAUAUAAAUGAGUCCUCUAUCGAUCUCUAUGGAGCUGCCCAUGCUGUCACAUGCUAUAAUGGCACUGAUAUAAAUGAGUCCUCUAUCGAUCUCUAUGGAGCUGCCCAUGCUGUCACAUGCUAUAAUGGCACUGAUAUAAAUGAGUCCUCUAUCGAUCUCUAUGGAGCUGCCCAUGCUGUCACAUGCUAUAAUGGCACUGAUAUAAAUGAGUCCUCUAUCGAUCUCUAUGGAGCUGCCCAUGCUGUCACAUGCUAUAAUGGCACUGAUAUAAAUGAGUCCUCUAUCGAUCUCUAUGGAGCUGCCCAUGCUGUCACAGAUGCUAUAAUGGCACUGAUAUAAAUGAGUCCUCUAUCGAUCUCUAUGGAGCUGCCCAUGCUGUCACAGAUGCUAUAAUGGCACUGAUAUAAAUGAGUCCUCUAUCGAUCUCUAUGGAGCUGCCCAUGCUGUCACAGAUGCUAUAAUGGCACUGAUAUAAAUGAGUCCUCUAUCGAUCUCUAUGGAGCUGCCCAUGCUGUCACAGAUGCUAUAAUGGCACUGAUAUAAAUGAGUCCUCUAUCGAUCUCUAUGGAGCUGCCCAUGCUGUCACAGAUGCUAUAAUGGCACUGAUAUAAAUGAGUCCUCUAUCGAUCUCUAUGGAGCUGCCCAUGCUGUCACAGAUGCUAUAAUGGCACUGAUAUAAAUGAGUCCUCUAUCGAUCUCUAUGGAGCUGCCCAUGCUGUCACAGACACUAUAAUGGCGCGGAUAUAAAUGAGUCCUCUAUCUAUCUCUAUGGAGCUGCCCAUGCUGUCACAGAUGCUAUAAUGGCACUGAUAUAAAUUAGUCCUCUAUCUAUCUCUAUGGAGCUGCCCAUGCUGUCACAUAUGCUAUAAUGGCACUGAUAUAAAUGAGUCCUCUAUCUAUCUCUUAUGUCUGGACAAAGCCCAGAUCUCGGGAAGAAGAGUAGGCUGAGUGACGACAACAUUGAGAUAUCUCAUUCUCGGGCCAGGGAGGCGGUAACUAUAGCAGCCAGGCAUGUCUUGAAGUGAUACUUUGGAAUGUAGCCAGUGUAACUUCCCCAGAGUCAGAUGAUGUUGUGUAUUAUACCAUUGUUACAUCUCUGUGUCCAGCGUGAGGGAGGUUACAGGUAGUUUCAUGAACCAAUGCUAACUAGCGUUUGCGCAACAUGACUGGAAGUCUAUGGGUAUCUACUAGCACGUUCCUUUUAAAGCUAGCCUGGUCCCAGAUCUGUUUGGCCUUUUGGCCUACUCUGUUCUCUUAUGGCUAUUUGUCAUGUCAAUUCCAUAUGGCGUGGGCAAGAACAGACCUAUAGCCAGGCUAGCUGAAAGCCAAGAUGAUGUCUUAACCCAAACUAAGUGCUGCUGUCUGUCUGUCCAGCACUAUCUGCAGCUCUACUACCAUCAUACCCAGUACUGUACCAGCCUGCAGUGUUGGUAUGGAAAUUCAGCACUGGACUCCUCAUACGCAGCAACCCCAACAAAGCCUGGAACAAAUGGACAGUUGGCUCCUCUAGUGGACAAACUGGGGACUGCUUCACAGCUCCCCGAGUAUAUAGGAGGACAAACAGCUCCUCGAGUGGACAAACUGGGGACGGCUCCACAGCACCCCUAGUGGAUAGGAGGACAAACAGCUCCUCUAGUGGACAAACUGGGGACUGCUCCACAGCUCCCCUAGUGGACAGGAGGACAAACAGCUCCUCUAGUGGACAAACUGGGGACUGCUCCACAGCGCCCCUAGUGGACAGGAGGACAAACAGCUCCUCUAGUGGACAAACUGGGGACUGCUCCACAGCUCCUCUAGUGGAUAGGAGGACAAACAGCUCCUCUAGUGGACAAACUGGGGACUGCUCCACAGCUCCUCUAGUGGAUAGGAGGACAAACAGCUCCUCUAGUGGACAAACUGGGAACAAGUGGCUGUUUCAGAUAUCUGGAUUCACAUCGAGAGGAAGCCUCUAUUAACCAGAUGUCACUGUCCUCCUCUCUCUCUCCUCUCAAAUAUGCCAUUUCAUUUUUAAAAAUGCUGAAAUAACAUGCAUCAUGCUCAGAUGUGCCUUUUUUUAUUUCGUUUUUCUUUACAGAGUAAGCGAAAGGUGUCUUUUUUUUAAAUGCUAUUAAAAAAACGGAUACGAUAAAUAAAUACGGUUGGCUAUGUAAUGCUUAGAACUAAAUGUGUACACUACAAAGGUUUGUGGAUACUGUGCAUAUAACAUGUAUACACUAACCAAAUAAUUUGUAUAAAGUGAUUUCUCAUUCUCA